CUUCUGCACAUCCCCCGCCAUUAGAAAUCUUCUCCAGCCUCCCUCUCCUUUCCAGUGCUCCAACUCCCUUCGUGUGUGCUCCACCGCGCCAACAUACUCCUCCGUGUUCUCUCUUAACCACCAACGAAAGCUUCGACUCUAUCGAAAACCUGUUCAAAGCUUUCAUUUUUUACAAAUUGACCAAGAUCGGCCUCAGAUUGUGUUGCCCAGCUUUCUCUCUCUCAAGUUGUAAUAGCCUGAUGGGCGAAGAGGAAGAUGAUAGGCCAUCCAAGCCUUCUACAUCGAUUUCACCGUCCCAAGCUAUCAUGGUCCUAGAAAUCCAUACUGCCCGGCAUUUUUUAUGACACCAAAUACAUAUUCAAAUUCAUAUAUGUAUCAUUGGAGUAGCCAGCAUCCAUUGAUGCCACCUAUUGGACCGACUAUGCCAUACCCUCUGUUGAGUAAUCCGGAGGAGUUGAGAAUAUUUCAAGAGACUGGCCAGCAUCCCGCGAUGCCAUACCCUCCUUUGAGUAAUCUAGAUGAGUUAAAAAGAUUUCAAGAGACUAGCCAACAACCAUAUAUGCCAACUGUUGGACCGACUAUGCCAUACCCUUCGUUGAGUAAUCCGAAGGUGUUGAGAAGAUUUCAAGAGAGUAGCCAGCAUCCCCCGAUGCCACUUGUUCGACCAAGUAUGCCAUACCCUCUCUCAAAUAAUCCGGAGGAAUUGAGAAGAUUUCAAGAAACUGGCCAGCCUUCGACUGAAAAGACCCCCCAACCCGCAAGUGAGUCAUCAACUAUGCCUAAUAGUGUUGACUUUGAAAUUACUAACGAACCUCCAUCUGAGGUAAUUAAAGAGACGGAGGCUAAGGGGAGUAAGAAAGUCUCGGAUGAUGAUGAACGAGUUGAAGUACCGAGAUGUGGUAUGGAGUUUACCAAUGAGAAAGAGCUUAUGGCAUAUUACAAACGAUAUGCCAAGCAAGCGGGGUUUGGUGUGAAAACAUUUAGGACAAAGAGAGAUGUAGAUGGGAGUGCAACAUAUGUGACAAUUGGGUGUGCACGUGCCGGGAAGUACGUGCCUAGCCACAGUAAUGUCUCCAGGCCACGACCCACAACUAAAACAGGCUGUAAUGCUAAGGUAAAUGCUAAAUUUGCUAAUGGGGUAUGGGUUUUGACAACUAUUGAAAAUACUCACAAUCAUAGUACAGUCAGCCCGAAGAAGUCUAGAUUUUUUAGAUCUCACAAGUGUUUAGACGAAUACAGCCAAAGGAUGCUCGAUUUGAAUGACAGGGCAGGUAUUCGAAUGAACAAGAACUUUGGGGCACUGGUUCAAGACGCUGGGGGGUUUGAGAAUCUUGACUUUCAAGAAAAAGAUUGUCGCAAUUUUAUUGAUAAAGCCAGACAUUUACGGUUAGGUAAAGGGGGUGGCCAAGCACUUGGUGAAUACUUCGAAAGAAUGAGGGAAAUGAAUGAUGGUUUCGUUUCUGUCAUGGAUGUCGAUGAUGAGGGAAGAUUACGAAAUGUGUUCUGGGUUGACGCACGAAGUCGAGCGUCAUAUGAGUAUUUUGGGGAUGUUAUCACAUUCGACACGACGUACCUAACAAAUAGGUAUGGUAUGCCUUUUGCUCCAUUUGUUGGUGUAAACCAUCAUGGGCAGUCAAUCCUGUUAGGGGCUGGCUUGAUUUCCAGCGAGGACACAAGUACAUUUGAAUGGUUGUUUCGAGCAUGGCUAAAGUCCAUGAAUGGUCGAUCGCCCAAAGCCAUCAUAACCGACCAAGAUCGGGCAAUGAAGAAUGCUAUAGCCACUGUAUUUCCAGACAGUCGUCAUAGAUAUUGUCUCUGGCAUAUCAUGCGGAAAUUGCCAGAGAAAUUGGGAUCUCACUCUUAAUUCAACUCAGGGUUGAAGUCUAGCAUUCAGAGUGCAUUAUAUGAUUCACAGACAUGCGCUGAGUUUGAGGACAAGUGGGGACAACUACUUCAUAAGUAUGAUCUUCAGAAUAAUGCAUGGCUGCAAGGGUUAUACGAGGAGAGGUCUUUCUGGGUACCGAUUUAUUUGAAAAGUGUAUUUUGGGCUGGUAUGAGCACGACACAGCGUUCUGAAAGUAUGAAUGCUUUUUUCGAUGGGUUUGUGCAUUCUGGUACGACUUUGAAGGAAUUUGUCGAUCAAUUUGACAAUGCUCUUAGAAAGAAGGUGGAGGUCGAGGCAAUAGCUGAUUUCAAUUCUCUUAACCAAACGAUCCCAUGUGUAUCCCCAUCUGACAUUGAGAAACAGUUUCAAACAGUGUAUACAAAUGCUAAGUUUAAAGAGGUCCAAAAAGAGGUGUUGGGGAUGAUUAUGUGUAACUGCACCCAUGUCAAUACGCAGGGAUGUAUAUCCACAUUCGAUGCUUUAGAUCAAGUUUCCAUCGAUGACCAUGUCAAAACAUUUAAAUACUCAGUUUACUAUAAUGAAGAGGAGUGCAACAUUAAAUGCACGUGUCAGUUGUUUGAGACAAGGGGCAUUCUCUGUAGGCAUGCAUUUAGGGUAUGUAAUAUGAAGAACAUUACGUUGAUACCCGAAAAAUAUGUAUUGGAUCGAUGGAGGAAAGACAUUAAGAGGAGAUAUACAUUGAUAAAAAGUAGUUAUGAUGACUUGCGGAGCAAUGCAGACGCACGGAGGUAUGAGGUUGUGGUGAAGAGAUGUUUAAAAUUAGCAACUCGUGUAUCUCCAAGUGAUUACCAUGUCGAUGCAUUCUUGCGCGUUUUAGAUGACUUUGAGAAAAAAUUUGAAAGUUUAACACUUGAAUCAAAAUCCAGUUCAACCAAGGUCAAAGCAAAUGUCGUCGCGGAUAAGGGUAAAAAAAUAUUAAGCCCUCACGUUGUCCGGGGGAAAGGGAGACCCCCGACAAAAAGAAAGGUUUCGGCUGUGGAGAAAGGAGCAACGAAAAAGAAGAAGAAACAGGUACCUUUCAUGCCUCUUGGAUUUUAUUGUAUAUAUUCCUUUCUAAUAUAUGUCUAUUUUUCUGUGUGAUUUUAGACUUGCAGAAAAAUAUUUGAUGAUGAAUCACAAUUGCAUGACCUUCCGGAAUCUCAAAUUAACACUAGCACACAACCAAUGCCAUUGGGCAAUGAGGAGGUGUGAGGUUUUGCUUAUUUGUAAUUGUUUCUACCAUCAUUUUCGAAAGUUAUUAUGCAUGUGGUAUUGAAUAUUAUUUGUGUUGUUUCAGGUGUGUGACCAUACUGAUGCGUUGUAAUUCCAUGGAGUUGCCAAAUUCAGAUAAUGUGUGAAAAUUUUACUUAUUAGUGUUCUGGUCAAUUAUUAGUGUGCACUAUUAUUGACUAGACUUGCCAAUAUUUCUCCGCUGCAUCAUCUGACUAGACAGAGGCUUGAGAAGAUUUUUUUGCAGCAUCUAGCAUGUGACUGGACUUAUUAUUUUUUGGGAGCUUGUGUACAUGCCGCUUUUCAAGCAUGUGCAGAAUUUUUUGUGGAGGUCACAAGUAUUGGCAGCUUGUGUGGAUAAACAUGGCUAGAUUGUGUAUAUGUUGUUUGUGGCCAGUUGUGUAUAGCAUGGCUAAAUAUUGGCAGCUUGUGUAGAUAAACAUGGCUAAAUGUUGUGGAUUGUGUCCAGGUGUAUGCGUGUGGAUGGUUUUGUGUCCAGUUGUGUAUGAAUUUUGUGUAUUUUGGGGGUUGGAGACAAAAAACUCAUUGGAGAUGUAUAGAUUUUGAUUCAAAAUCAGGAACUGGAAGUACUUGUUAUAAUGCUUAUCAUGUAAU